GCAUGCCCCAACACGUCCUUAUGACGCACGGCGCCCCACCGUGCAAUUCCGCCGAUACGGCGCCGGCCUGCAAGGUGGGCGUCGAGUCUCGCCGUCCCUUCCACCACAUUCGUCGUCGAGCGAGGUGUACACGUCGGGUGGACUCGAAGCAAGUCUAGCCCAACCAACCGCUUCCUUUCCCAUUCUUACCAUCGUCAUGCAGCCGGCACCAUGUCGAUGCCUCUGCCUCCUUCGCGAUCUCGGUUGCUGCGACCUUUCCAUCUUAAGGAGUCGUAUCCGGUUAAUAUCCGGAUGGGCCGUUCCGUUGGGCGAUUCUCGUUCCUAGCUGACUUUUGACGGCAAUGCGGCUGACAUUUGAAGGGCCGUUUGCGGGAAGCGCUGAAGAGUUGGCACUUUCCGCCGUUCCAGAGUGCCAUUACUGCGGCAGGUCACGAUGGUCCAUGCAGCCGAUGGACCUUUGUGAAGUGUGCAAACGACCUGAGAUUCCGCCGUGGCUAGCAUCGUCUAAGGUGAGCUGCGUCGGUAUGCGCUUCAUCUUGCGCGGGGCUGUGGUCAACCUCGUGGGCGUGGUUACAGGCAUCAACGUGCUCAAGCGAACGAUCUCCGCCAUCACGGUGUCCAAAGCUACGUCAGCUGCACGGCAUGCGAGUUUCACCAAAGUUGAGUUGAAUGCAUCCACUGUGCAGUCCAGUUUGCAAGCGCUGCCCCCGGAAAGCCCGUGGCAAGUCGUGUGGGACGCACACGGGUUAUGCCAGCACUGCGACCAUGUAUACCAUGUCCAUCGCGUUCCAAAUCAACCCACACUGGACGACAUUGCGACGCAUCUUCGGGCCGCCCAAGUCGAACUGGUGCAACUCGUCGCGAUGAAAAACAAACGAAAACUCGACGGGGCCAUGUCGCGAGAAAUCGUGCAGCAUUCUAUCAACAUCAAGACACACCAUGAAAAGAUAUGGCAGCUCCAGAAGCAACGAGAACAGAGCCAAGGCGCGUGGUGUCCACAUUGUGGCCACCGCACAAUCCUCAACAACGUCAACGUGUUGGAGGAUAUGUUGGAGCAACCGAGUGAAUUCCGAAGUGAUUGAUGUAGCGUUAUCUGACUAGCUGGAUGUACGUCUCUGUCUGUUGAAAUCUAGAGCUAUCGGUGUGGUGCAAGUGUAACCGUCGGUGUCGCCGUACUUCAACAC